GAAGGUGACGGCGGCUGCCCAGCAGCAGUUGGGGCGCCUGUGGCACACCAGCAACGUCUACAUGCACCCUGGCAUCGGGCCGUACAUGGAGAAACUCUGCUCCACCCUACCCCCUCCGCUGCAGGUGGUUUUUCUGGUGAACAGUGGUUCGGAGGCGAACGAUCUUGCCAUGCUGCUCGCCAGGAUCCACACGGGAAAUCACAGCAUCAUCACCCUCAGGGGUAGUUAUCACGGAGGCACUCAGGCCACCAUGGGUCUCACAUCCAUCAGCACCUGGAAGUUCAACACAGCCACUGCCUCGGGCUGUGCCCCGGCCAUGUGCCCUGAUGUUUACCGGGGUCUGUGGGGAGGGAGCAAAUGCCGGGAUUCUCCUGUUCAAACAACUCGGAGCUGUAACUGUCAUUCAGACACAGGAGAGUGCCAGGCCAGGGAGGCCUACCUGUCCGAGUUCCGGGAGCUGCUGCUCUCUGCUGUGCCUCUCCGACUCGCCGGUUUCAUCGCUGAGCCCAUCCAGGGAGUGAACGGUGUGGUGCAGUAUCCGCGGGGCUUCCUUAGCGAGGCCGCCAACAUCGUCCGCGACAGAGGAGGCCUCUACAUCUCUGACGAGGUGCAGACGGGUUUCGGACGCUUGGGGAGCCACUUCUGGGGCUUCCAGAGCCUCGGGGUAACCCCCGACAUCGUCACCAUGGCAAAGGGCAUAGCCAACGGCUUCCCCAUGGGGGCCGUGGUCACCACACCAGAUAUCGCCGCCUGCAUGGGUGAAGCCCACAACUUCAACACGUUCGGCGGGGGCCCGCUGGCCUGUGCGAUCGGAUCCGCCGUCCUCCAGGUGAUCGACGAGGAGGGACUGAUGCAGAACGCCGAGGCCCGAGGCACCGAUCUGAUGCUGCAGCUCAGCGACCUGCGGAAGGAGUUCGAGGUGGUGGGAGACGUGCGCGGCAAGGGGCUGAUGGUCGGCCUGGAGCUGGUGCGCAGUAAGGAGAGUCGCGAGCCGCUGCCGCCGACGGACAUGCACCGGAUCUGGGAAGACUGCAAGGAGAUGGGACUGUUAGUGGGCACCGGCGGCAUUUUCGGACAGACGUUCCGUCUCAAACCCCCGAUGUGCAUCUCCCAGGAGGAUGUGGACUUCGCCGUCGCCGUUCUGAGACUAGCGUUGCAGAGGCACACUCUGCGCAAAUCCGGGGAGGUGUAGCCCCGCUCCCUGUACCGGGCCCCAAACCUGACCUUCACCCUUCCCCGCUUCUUUAACCCCCUCCAGCCCCAGGACCACGGAUUUAUGUGUGGGAAGGCCUCCACUGCAUCUCCUUUGUCUGAAAGAAUUCUAACAGGCAAUCUCUCCCCGUAACGAGACUGAUUGUCCUCAACACUGGACGCAGAUGUUUGGACUGAAGUCAGGCCAACUGAGGUCAAGCCUCCUGUCUUUUGCCUCCCCUCCUCAUAUUUGUGAUUUACCCUCCGGGGCUCCGGUAUUCUUGAAAGAUCACAACGAACGCCUCGCCUCGCCAGUCUCUUCAGCUGCCCCUUUCAGAACCCUGAGGUGUAGUCCAUUGAUCCAGCUGAGUUACCGGGUCCAAACACCGCCUCUUUGACAAUGGCCAAUGCACUGACUUCUGCCCCGUCCCCUGAAUUUCUGACACAUUCCCGGUGUUUUCCACUGUCGUCCUUAUUGGCCCCUCCGCCAUUUCCCUGUUUCUCUUACUCAUUUUAAAGUGUUCCAAAGUCCAAACCUUACACCCUCUCCCCACUCUGUUCCCCAUGUACCUCCCCGUCUCCGUAACCCCUCCCACUCCUAUACCUCACCCUGUCUCUGUAACCCCUCCCUCUCCUACACCUCCCCGUGUCUCUGUGACCCUCUCCCACUCCUACACCUCCCCGUGUCUCUGUAACCCCUCCCACUCCUACACCUCCCCGUGUCUCUGUAACCCCUCCCACUCCUAUACCUCCCCGUCUCUGUAACCCUUCCGCUCCCCUGUACCCUACCGUGUCUCUUUAACCCCCUCCCUCUCCUACAUCCCUCCGUCUCUACAACGCCACCUCUCCCGGUCCCUGCGACCCUCCACUCGCCUAUAUCCCACCCCUCUCUGUAGCCCAUCCCUCUCCGACACCCCUUCCCAUUUCUCUAACACUCCCCCCCGUCUCUGUGACCUCCCCCUCCCCAUCUCUGUGCUCCCCUGCAUCUGUAGUCUCACCCUCCCCAUCCUUGUGAUCCCCUUGCUGUCCCCUCUCACCUCCUCAUCUCUGUAACCCGUCUCUCCUACACCCCUCUCCAUUUCUCUGCCCCUCCUCACUCUCCUACACAACACCCCUCCCCUCCCUGUGGUCCCUUCUCUCCCCCACACCCCUUCCCGUCAAUGUAAACGCCUCAGCUGCUGGGACCUGCGCUGUGACCUUCCCCCGUUCUCCAUCUCCACCCCGCGCUAAUGCUGGGCUUUUCAACGCGACUCACUACCGCAGAACCGCUUCACCCGUCACACAUUCAACACAAUAAACAGAGCAACAGUGA